AUGUGGAAGAUGCUGAGGGAGGACAAGGUCUCUGUAGGGACUCGCGCGAGCUAUCGAAGUCUUCACUUCGAUGCUUUUGGACACUUCGCCGAGCGAAAGAAGAUGGAACUGCCCAUCCCGGGGACCCGGGCUUGGACGGCCAAGCGCAACUUCGAGGCAAGAAACAGAGCGAAGAUCGAAGCAAAAGAAGAGGAGUCAGCGGCGUGCCGACGCGCGGAACGCGUAGCCAGGUUGAAGAAGAGGCUCGAUGAGCUCCAGCAGAGCGUGGGCGACUACGAGGCUAGCCAACUCGAAGCGCUGAGAGACACUCCUGGUGAGCAGCACGCGGAGCCAGUCACUGAUGAAGAAGAGGCACCAUCGAAGGACAAGGUGAUCCUGCCCGAGGUGAGUCACAUGCUGGGUGGUCUGACGGAUGCUGAUGACCGGUGGGACGAGGCCAAGCAGCUGUUGCCCCCGGUUGAGGACGGUCCAGCCGGUCGGCCUGCUGCAGAGUCACCGGGCGCCGAGUACGUACCGCCAAUCCUGGCACAGUUUCAUGCUGCGAAAAAACAUCGGCGCCGCCCGCGGCGAGAUGAGUACGACCGGGAAUACGACGAGGAUGACGACGCGGAGGCCGACAUCAAUCCUUUCGCCGAAGAAUACUUCCGGAAAGCGUUUGAGCUUGGAGACAGGAGGCUCAUCUUCCAAAGAGUGCCAAAGGGAAGGACAACCUGUCAUUCGGCUAUGUUGGGCAUGGACAAGGCCCUGAACAACGGCGUGGCCGAGAAGCUGCUGAGUCAAAUCCGCAAGAUGCCCGCAUCUUGUACUGCCCGAAGUGAACAUACACCGGUCAUGCCCGAGCCAGGCCCAGAAAGGGCUAAGUCCAGUGGAAGUGCCGCCUCUGAAUCACGGACACAAAUGGUGGUUAUGCCCAUGGGGACACCAUCUAUGGCUACGCCGGAACUGGCGAAAGCACUGUUUGGCCCACCUAAAGAUAUUGAAAAAAAGGAGGAGGACGAGGAGAAAUUUGACGACAAGCCAUUGUUCUUCGCAGAUCGGAAUAUGUCCGACUUGGAGGACAUGUCAGACGUGCAAUACGAGAUCGAGCCUGAGGAC